AUGGCAUUAACUUUGACGAAUAACUCCAUGGCAACUCUCUCAAGUAAUGAUGCAUGCACAUGCAGUUAUAAUCUUGAAGCAUUUUCCCUUAUUUGGCUCGAUUCUAAUGCAAAUAAUGAUGAACAAAAUCAUGAUGCCCAACAAAAACUACGUAGCAUUAUCAAUACUAUCAAGACAUUUGAUGAUAGCAAAGAAUGUCAGCAAUAUAUAGAAAAAAUGUCGAAAGAUGAUCGACUGAUACUCAUCGUUAGUGAUCAAUGGGCACGAGAAUUUGUACCUCGAAUUCAUGAAUUUCGUCACGUUUCGUUCAUAGCACUGUAUUUCACAAAGAAAAGUAUAGAAAAAGAAUGGAUUAAAGAGUUCAAAAAGGUCAGAAUUGUCACUAAUCGGCUCGAUGAGCUUAUUUCUGGAAUUCAAUCAACUCAGAAAUGUCGACUGAAAAUCGAGACUCCUUUGCCAAUGAAUAUUUUUAGAACUGACAGCGUAAUAGAUCAGUCGACAACAGAACUAAACGGUCAAUUCAUUCAUGCGCAACUCCUUAUAGACUGUUUUCUUAGGAUGGCGACUGGUGAAAAAGAAAAACAGCAGUUUAUUUCUCUAUGUGAAAGUCAAUACAAAGAUAGUAGAAGUCAAAUAGCCAUUAUUGAACAAUUCAAAAACACCUACUCACCUGAUCGAGCCUUAUGGUGGUAUACCUGUGAAUCAUUCUUAUACAAAAUGUUAAAUAAAGCGUUACGCGUUCAAAAUAUUGAUGUCUUGUUUUUGUUUCACUGGUUUAUUCGUGAUCUUCAUCAACAGUUGGAGAGUUGUCGAUGCCAUUAUCGAGUUCGAGUGUAUCGUGGCCAAUUAAUAUCAAGUGAUGAGUUACACAAUCUCAAACAAUCAAUCGGUCAAUUAAUUUCCAUCAAUUCGUUUUUCUCCACCACUGUUGAUCGUGAAUUAGCUCUUUUUAUUUUGGGCGAUACAGCUCAAAUCUACGAUUUAGAGCCACUACUAUUCGAGAUCGACGCUGAUCCUUCUGCCAUGACCACAAAGCCGUUUGCGGAUAUUUCACCAUAUAGCCAAUUCCACGAAUCGGAGGUCCUUUUUAUGAUAGGAUCUAUUUUUCGUGUGGCAGAUGUACACCGUAGUGAGGGUCGACAAUGGAUCAUUCAAAUGACAUAUUGUAACGAUGACGAUCAUGAUUUAAAGCAAUUAUUUGAACAUAUGAGAAAAGAAAAUGGAAUGGGUGACACACAUAUGGGAUCAUUUGGCGCACUACUCCAGAAAAUGGGCAAACUCAAUUCAGCCGAAAAGUACUAUCGUCAUUUGUGGAAUGAACUUCCAUCAGACCAUCCAUUCCUUGUGACCUUGUAUCUCAAUCUCGGUAUUGUACUUUACGAUAAAGGUGAAUAUGACAAUAGUCUUCAAUUAUUUCAGAAGUCGUUAGAAAUAACAAAAAGACAUAUGUCAUCUGAUUAUCAAAGCAUAGGGGAAACGUAUAAUUGGAUUGGAGAAGCUUUUCGACAGAAAAAUGACAUACCUCGAGCUGUUGAGUUUUACAAUAUGGGUAUUGCAAUAUUUCGAGAAGCUAACGAUGAACAAAAUCUAAAGGCAGCUCCUUUGUUUGGAAACAUGGGAACAGUGCUUCAACAACAAAUGAAAUUGUCCGACUCCCUCACUUUCCGCGAAAAGGCGCUCGCUAUUCAACAAAAGCAUUUACCGAUGUAUCAUCCAGAUCUUGGUAUAAGCUGA